CAACGUAAACAAGAGUGGAGAACAAUGGAAGAGGCAGAACGCAGAAACAACAGAUAGCGUCUUCCGCCCAAAGCCGAAGAGGAUCUCAAGAGAGGAUUGCUGCUUGCAACUAAAUGAGGCGUUUUAUUGAGAGAGUGAGAAGACCAGACUGGCAAACGGAGAAGAAAUUGAAUUGCCUUGUCCCUCUCUGUAGUUUACCUGCUUGCCCCCCCUCCCCUUACCCUCCACCUCAUUCGGAAGUCAGGGACUCAUGGGUCCUUCACAGCUUUUGGCAGCAAAGAUUCAACAGGUGAAGAGUUUAAAAACAUUAAUGGGAAAUGCUACAUCUACCAAGUGUCUGCUUGUCAGUCAUACAGCUAUUAAAAGCAUAGUAGCUCUAUCACAAAAAGGAAGCGAACAGAAGGAAAAUAAAUUUCCAGCAUAAACUUGGCCCUGAAUUUUGUUAAGGAAGAACAUCUUCAACAUGUCUACGGUCUCUUUUGCACGUUCAAAGAUGUCUCUGGAUGGGGAGGACUCUGAAGCUACUUUCCGGGGAAGGAUUACAUCUCGACAAACAGGGGAUGUGUUUACAAUUCCUUCCGCUAAAUCUGUCACUGGACUAGAUACAAGGUCUUCUACUUCAGAUUCUGAUCAUAACUUGCUGUUGGAGAGAAACCCAUUUAAAAUCCCUUCAGACAUUGAUAUCUUCUUAUUGCGAGACAGACAACACGAAAAGGCUAAAGCGGAACGAGAACGAAGGAAGACACUGAAGGUCCAUGAGAAGAUGACCUGCUCUACUCUGCAGAAUGCAAAACAAAGCGGGUUCAAGAAAGAAAUCCAGAUGGAAGAGGAAGCAGAAGACAGAGAGUUGGCAGCCGAAGCUGCGCGUCUCAAAGCUCUCCGAGAAAGCAUCUCCUGGAAGAUAGCAGUCACUAAAGAUCAGGUUGUAGAAAGAGAGACAAUCCAUGACUACAUCAAUCAGAAACGGCAGAUGUUUCUGCUGCAGUAUGCUGUCACUGUCAAGAAAGAUGAAAUUCAGAAGCUAGAAAACCUGGCCAUCGAAGAGGAAGCAAAGCUGGAAAAAGCCGAGGAAACCCUAGAGAAGGAUGCUGCCAUGUUUGAUGAGUUCCUGAAGGAAAAUGACAGAAACUCUGCCCAAGCCCUGAAAAUUGCCGAAAAAGAAACCAAAGCCAAGCUGGAGAAAAUACUUGAGAUCCGAGAACUGACAGCACAAAUGAUGAACAUUCAAAGUGAGAUAGCCAGGUUUGAGGACACUUUACAUGAGUAUGCGGUAUUCAAGGACUUCCUCCACCAGCUGUCCCCAAAAGAGUGGCGAGAGAGCUAUGAAAAAAAGCGGAUGAAGGAAAAAGUGGUGAAAAUAACUUCUGAAAUUAAAGAUGACAAAACUUCACCAGGAUCACCCACACUCAAAGGCCGAGACAAGAGCAAACAUAGGAUGAGUCUGCCCAAGCGGUACAGUAUUGAUAUGUCUGCAGAAUUUAGCUUCUCCCGCAGUCCAAGUUUGCACAGAAGAGAAUCCAUGAAAAUGAGCCAAAGGUCUUCUAGGCAGAAUAUCAAAUCCCAGCAAAGUAGAAAGACGAGCCUCAUCCUUGACCCCUCAGAAGAUAAAAUGACUCCCACAGAGAUGUCUGAUGAAGAUGACGAGGAACCAGAGUUAUACUUCACAGAUCCACAACAAUUACUGAACAUUUUCACUGAGCUGGAGGAACAGAACUUAUCUCUAAUUCAGAAUUCUCAGGAGACCGAGGAAACCCUUGAUGAGCUUCGCCAUACAUUGAGUACUACACGAGCUAAAAUGGACCGUGAGAUAGAGCAGCUUCAGCUGCUUACAGUUACUCUCCAAACCAACAUUGUUAAAGAGGAAGAAACAGCUGCAGACUUGGAACUCAAAGCAAGAGUCUUCUCCUUUGGAGAGUACAAAGCAGAGCUUCAGGACAAAAUGUUGGUGAGCUUGCAUCGAAAAGUGCUGGAAGUCUAUCGUCGAUGCAUUGGAGAAAACGAGGCAAACCUAGGAACCCUGCAGAUGCUAACUGUGAUAGAACACCAAUUAGAUGACUUGCUAGAGUGCCUUGAGAGGGUACCUCCAGCAAAGAUUGAACAAGCUGAGAAAGCGAAAGAGAAAGAACGAAGGAUAAGGUUAAGAGAAGAAAAGAUAAGACAGCAGAGGCAGCUGCAGGAAGAGAGGUUGCAACGAGCACUGGCCAGAGCACAAGCUGAUGUUAAGAAAAAGACUGGUAGAAGAUUGGUGUUCCGUUCUGAGCCCCCAGCCUACAAAGAGAAGGAAGAUGAGGAUCAAGGAUUAAUAGACAAGGAAAAAGAAGAGCAGCUCUACUACUUCACUUAGCAAACCAGAGUUGUAAGGAAUAAGCGGCAUACAGCAGUGGCACAAGCCUGAUUAGGAUGGGUUGUUUUUUUAUAGAUAGUAUGUUAAGUAAUUUUUUUGACAUACAAUACACAGACAUUUUCUAUCUUAA